AUGGCAACAGGUCCAACCUGUUGUCGUCAGUUUGCAACAGAACCGGUCGUUGAUUACUAUGCUGUGCUUGGAGUCAAACCUGGAGCUUCUGCAAAGGUAUUUUCUAUUUGCUUGAAGAAGUCAUUCUCGCUGAGUGGAGUACGGAAAGUAUUAUUUGCAAUCGAGGAAAAAGUGUUUGGAGUGUUGAGGAAAGUUGUUCAGGAAAUCAAGGCGGCCUUCUAUAGCCUGUCCAAGAAGUACCAUCCAGAUCGAAAUAGGGAUAAUCAAGCUGAAGCUGCUUCAAAAUUCCACCAGGUAUCGCUUGCUUAUGAAGUCUUAGGCUCAGAUGAGAAGCGUAAAAUGUAUGACAUGACAAGGAUACGAACGUCGCCUGAUCUGAGUAGUCAUUAUGUUCGUCGAACAACAACGUCAGCUCCAACAAAGCAGUACACUGACUUGGAUAUAGACUAUAAAAGCUUUGAGCAUUUCCAACGUCUUAACAGGCAAAGGAAGACAUACCACUCCCGUUUUGAUAUGCCAGAAGAGUUCUACGCGGAACUGGGAGGAAAGAGAAGAGAAUUCAAGAGCACAUAUGAACCACCAGCUGUGAGAAUGACUGUAUUGAUUUGUGAUGGCUUGAAACUAUUUGAAUUUUUUAAACUAGAGACAGAACGGCAGCAGGCGAAGUAUCCUAUCCCAACAUUUGAGCAGAUGAUGCGUGAAAAGCGACGGAAGCAAGAAGAAGAGAACCGUAAGCAGGUUGCUGGUGCACUUGGAUUGGCUACUGCUGCAGCAGCGAUAAUUUUUAUAGUGAGGAAGUUUUUCCGGUAG